CUAUUUCAUUGAUAUUUAUUUUAGAAUGUAAUGGGACUAUCACUAAGCGAUGUGCAUAUAAUAGGAUGCUCGUUAGGAGCGCAUACAUCCGGCUUUGUUGGCCACUCAUUUCCCGGUCAGAUAGGUCGCAUAACCGGCCUUGACCCAGCUUACCCUGGAUUUGCUGGCCCUGGAAUAGACAAACUUAACCAAACAAGCUUUGGCAUAGCAGAAAACUUAGGGCACAUCGACUUUUGGCCUAACAAUGGCGUCGGCAAUGCUGACUGUAUAACACCGUGUAUGAGGGACCAUUUUAAGAAUAAUGCGGCUUCUGUGGACAAUUUAAGCUUAUGCGCGUCAUGCAGUCACGUGAUGGCCGCUAAUUAUUACGCGGACAGCAUUAACCCCCAGAACCUAAAUGGGACGGCACAUCAGAACGAGAAGUAUGACUCGUAUAAAGAGGGUUGUUAGACUUGUUUUAUAUUUAUUACACAAUACGAGCAUAAUAACCAAUAUGGUAAAUAUUAUACAAAUUUUUAUUUGUCUAAUAAUUGGCUACACAAAUGGCGACCAAGCAAAGGGUUACACUGACUGUACAUACAAUGCACAAAUUGAGCCAUGCACAUGCUACAUAUCAAGCUACACAAAUCAAACUAGCUGGAGCUGCACUGGCGAACAAAUCUCAAACCUUAAAUCGGAGUUGUUUAACAAUUUGAGCAAGAGUCUAACAGAUGAUAAAAAGUUCAUAGAUGAUAUUAUAAUACGCAAAACAAUGAUUGAAGAAUUACCAGAAUAUUUGUUUAGCGAUCUGAAAAUUAGAGAAAUACAAAUAAAUUUUAAUUGGCGGUUAAAAAAUAUUAACCGUCACGCAUUUGCCGGUCAGGACUUUCGUAAAUUUAGUUUGAAAGAUUGCCCACAAUUUCAAUCUAAAUCUGGCAACGCUACCGAAGGC